AUGGUUGCUGACAAGGACGCCCAUACAGGUGACUCAACUCCUAAGUGCGUCACCUGCGCCCAGCUAUGUGUCCUGGAGCAAACCGGAUGGGUUUGCACAUACUGCAGAGAAUUCCCUGAUAUGCAACGCAGCUUCGACGCCCUUCGUCUAGACAGCACCGCUACCGCUCACGACACUCGUGAAUCCAGGGACAGUUCAGCAGUUGACUACUUCCCUCGCACCUUGACUCAUCAAGGCGGGAACCCUUGCGACUUGCGUGCCAUGCGCAGUAACGAAAUCUCCCAGCUGGGAAACAACCACCACGAUGAUGGCUCUAUGGCCUCUCCUUCUCGCGUCGGCGCCAAACAGGACACUCUUGAAAGACAGGACUCGUUUGUAUCUCCCCAAAUCGAUGACAGUGCUCAUGAAUACGUUCCGUUUGGAACCCAUAAUACCGGAGAUGGCCAAGGCCAGUCAGAUGAAGAUAUCGACCUCGAGGAUGUUGACAACAUCGAUAACAACAACAUCGAUAACAACAACAUCGAUAACAACAACAUCGAUAACAACAACAUCGAUAACAACAACAUCGAUAAAAACAACGACGACGACGACGAAGAGGCCCAAAGAGAAUCGUUUCAUUCUUGGUUACAGGGAACGGGCGGCAUGGGUAUGGUUGAAAGGCAUAAUGGCCUUGAAGCCACACUUAGGAAGUUCGAGAACGCCAUGGCCCCGAGAACCGAUUCGAACAUGGCCCAAUAUGGUGACGAGGAGGAACCCUCUGAUGAUGUGGAAAUGGAGGAGUGA